AUGAGCGACGAUAUCGUUGGCGAGGCCGAGAGCCUUGUCGUCAGGAGUAGGAACUGCUCGGAGAAGAUCGACCACUUCGAGCGCAAGUACGGCACGGAGUUGGCGUCGCUGGCUGCGCAAGCCAAGCAGCUCAACGAGGAGAUCACGAACCUGACGAGGAAGCUCGACAAGCAGGGCCGGAAGGGCGACUACGACGCGGUCUCCUUGGCCGCCCGGAGGCAGGCGGAUGUGGCCAUGAACAUCUACACCGGCGCGGGGCCCGGGGGCGACCUGCGCCGCUACGCGCACGGCGGGGGCACCAAGCGCCCAAAGUGGUUCCUGCUCACCACGAUGCUCGGCGCGAAGACCAACGUCAUGUCCGUGUCCAAGGAAGAGUCGCUGGCGAUCAAGGAGGAGUACCAUUCGUUCCGCGACCGCUCCGCGAGCAUCAUGACGCUCUUUGCGGCCCUCCUGCUCUACCUCUGGCACCGCGCGACCACCUCGGACCCCUCCGAGACGGGCCUGCCGAGCUUCACGCCGGUGGUCAUGACGCUCACGCAGAUCUUCGAGGUCUGGCUGGCGUUCUUCUACACCGCGAUCGCCGCGCGGGAGAACGUGCUCGUCGUCAACGGCUCGCACAUCCGUCCCUGGUGGAUCCUGCACCACUACAUCAGCCUGUUCGCCGUGAUUGUCAUCAUCACGCUCCCCAUCGACUCCACCGCCACCGUCUCCUUCACGGGACCCUUCCUCCUCCUCAUGCUCAUCCAGGGGCUGGUCAUGAUGAUGCAGAACCGCUACCAGCGCAAGCGGAUGUAUGCGCGCGUGGCAGUGGGCAAGAGCGGCGCGAUGGACGUGGUGUCCGGGGAGUCCUCCGGCGCAGCGGGGCAGCUCCUGCUGCUCUACCCGCUCCUCUUCGCCUUCCAGGGUUUCGAGGCGUUCGUGGGCGCGCUCGUGGUCCGGGGCAACUACCACGCGCUGCUCAACAUCAACGGCUAUCUGGAGAUCACCGCUGACUCAGCAGACCUCCGCGGGUGCCGCUCGCUGACCAUCGUGGGCGUCAUCGUCGUCAUCCUCGCGCUGGGGAACUUCCACUCCACGGUCCGGACCAUCCUCGGGAAGCGCACGUUCGCGCGCAAGGCCAAGUCGCAGUCGUACGCCAACCUGCAGAAGCUCUCCGCGGACCAGUUCGCGGCCGGCACCGCGGGCAGGAAGAAGAAGUGA